CUUAUUUUAAUAUAAUUAUAAAGAAAUAUAAUUAUUGAAUGUAAAUAAUGGAUAUCAAUAUAAAAAUAAACCAAAAUGAGAUGGGCAACUCCGAACAAAUUCAAUUUGCAAAGAACUGCGAAAUCAGCUGCUUACUAUCUUGCACAAAUUUCUGAUUUAUUUUACGCUCAGCUGUAUAUUAAACUACAAAAUCGAAAAUAUAUUGAAGUAUUAAUGAAUACAAAUGGAAAAAACUCCUCAUCCAACUACGACCGUUGUGAAUUGGCCAAUACACGUAUUUGGAGCCCGAGUGAAUUGGUUAGUGGCUGCAAUACUACGGAUAGUAAUUAUGCCUGCCUUGUACUGAACCGAUCAGUUCACGUGCCGGCGGAAAUUGUGAACAAUAUAUGGCAAAAUGCUAAAAUACGUUGUUUAGUAGACGGUGGUGCAAAUUUUUGGAGAGAAUUUAUACAAAAAUCAAAUGGAGGAGAAACACUAAAGCUUCCGGAAUAUAUAACAGGCGAUUUUGAUUCAAUUACGCAAGAAACACGGAAAUAUUUCAAUGAUCCAGAUAUUAAGUAUGAACAUACACCUGAUCAGGAUGAAACCGAUUUCACAAAAGCACUGCGAUUUUUACAGCCCCAGUUGAAAGUCGAUAACAUUCAUAAUGUUAUUGUGUUCCAAGAAAAUACUGGACGUCUGGAUCAAAUUAUGGCCAAUAUCAAUACAUUAUAUAAGAUGCAAAGCGAUAUUCUAAACAUAUAUCUCUUGAGUAGUUCUUCUAUAAGUUGGUUACUUUUGCCAGGCAAACAUAAAGUUAUAGUCCCAAAAGCGUUGGUCGACUGCCAACAAUGGUGUGCAUUAAUGCCGAUUGGAAGUAAAGCGGAAAAAGUAACUACUAGAGGAUUAAAGUGGAAUCUAACACAAUCUGGUCUGGAGUUCGGUUUUAUGGUAAGCACGUCAAACACUUAUGCAUCCGAGGAAGUCUAUGUGGAUACAGAAAGUCGUUUAGUUUGGUCUAUGGGGUUAUGGACGGAGGAGAAGCAAUAAUAGUACUUAAACAUAAUAAUCACUAAGUUACGUUGUUCUUACUUAUUCAUAUUGUUCCGAGUGUUCAUUUAUGACACACACUCCUUUUGGGAUUUAUUGUUUUUUACAUUUAUAGGGAUAUUAAGCAUAGUGCAUUAUUUUUUUAGUGAAAUGUAUAGGAAUAUUAGGCUAAAUCAUUGAAAAAUUCCAAUUGAAGUGAUCAAAUUGUUCACGAUUUUACUUUGUUACAAUUGCGUGUGUUUUCUAUAAAAUAUAUGCAUUACGUGGGUAAGCUUUUUGAGAAGCAAUGUUUGUGUACUUAUUCAACACAAAGUAGUAAAUUACAAUGUGAACCCGUGAUCUGUCAAGAGCAACUUUUGUACAUAUGUAUACUUACGUAAAUUUUAGGUAUGCAUACACACAGGUUUAAAUGUAAUUAAUAAAAGUUCUGAUUGUAAUCAAUCAAUA